AUGAGGUCAGUGGGCUUAGGCUUGCAGUCCAGAGGGAGUGUGAAGAUACAGAAGAAAAGGACGAAGGUGUUGGCUAGCUCCAGUUCUUCUCUUCACGGCUCUGCGUCCUCUGCUCCUAGAGGCCAAGACUCUGUGGCUUCGUGUCCUGCAGGUAUUCGCAGAUUUAUGGCUAAAACACCGGAAUCCCCUGGAAGCCGAGAAAUGGGAUUGUUGACAUUCAGAGACAUAGCUAUAGAAUUCUCUCUGGCGGAAUGGCAAUGCCUGGAUCGUGCUCAGCAGAAUUUAUAUAGAGAUGUGAUGUUAGAGAACUACAGAAACCUGGUCUCCCUGGGUAUUGCUGACUCUAAGCCAGACUUGAUCACCUGUCUGGAGCAAAAUAAAGAGUCUUGGAAUAUAAAGAGAAAUGAGAUGGUAGCCAAACAGCCAGGUAGGUGAGAGCGAAUGAAGCAGAUGACAC